AAAUUAUUAGAAAAUGUCGAGUCACAUAGGAACGUUCAAGAUAUUGAUAAUAGGGGACAGCGGUAUUGGGAAGAGUUCGUUAAUGAUGAGAUUCGUGGACGGAAUGUUUGAUCCAGAGAUUUCUGCUACAAUUGGAGUUGAUUUCAAAGUAAAGACACUGAAUGUUGAGGGAAACAAUGUGAAACUAGCUAUAUGGGAUACAGCAGGUCAAGAGAAAUUCAGAACAUUGACACCAAGUUAUUACAGAGGAGCCCACGGAGUUAUUUUAGUGUACGACACGAGCGUGAGACAGACCUUCUCCAAUCUCGAUACGUGGCGACAGGAAAUAGACACAUACGUUACCAAACAGAACGCCGUCAGAAUGCUCGUCGGAAACAAAAUAGAUAAGCAACGUGAUGUUCAGCGUGACGAGGGAGAGAGGUACGCCAGAACUCACAAGAUGUUGUUCAUUGAGAGCAGUGCUAAAACUGAGGAGGGUGUUCAGGACGCUUUCGAGGAACUUGUCACCAAGAUUGUACAGACCCCAGAGCUUUGGGAUGCCAGUUACCAGUCAGACAGAUUAGAUCUUAACGGAGGGGGUGGAGCUGCUGGAGGAGCUUGCUCGUACUGCUGAGACCUUCUAGAACUUUCUCGAACAUUCUACAACUUUCUAGACAAUUCUAGAUAAAUUUGGACAGAUAAUUUGGAAGAUUUUAGAAAAGAGUAAUAUCAGAUGCGGAUAGUUGUUCUUCUUCAGUUAAUUGAAUGUGUAAUGUAAAAACCAAUUUGCUUUACAUGAACACUGUUCAUGACAUCGUGAAGUAAUUAACAAUUAUUUUCGCAUAAAAAUUAGAACUGUAGUAUGAAAAAACGAACACUGUCUUGGGGCGAACAGCAAACAGAUCUAAAUUCUAAACGAGCUAGAUUUGUUAAGUGUGCAUGUGCAAAUGUUGAUAACGGGUUUUGUAAAUAAUAAAUGUUAUUUCUCGAUAAGCAGUUUAAUAUAUAUUUAUCAUUUUUAACCUCUGCAUUUUCUGAUAGCUCGGAAAACUGAAUGUUAAUCUAUUUCCCAUGAUGAGUCGGAAAUCCUAUUUUUGCAUGAGAUUUUCUGAGUUGACACCGAAACUAACGUAUUUGUAACCAACUAGACUAUCGUUAGACUAUCGUUAGAUUUCACACUAAAUUAUUGAGAAUUUUUGGCCCCACUUUGUUUUAAAAAUGAUUGUUAGAUUUUAUUCCUAAAAUUAUUGUUAGAUUUUGAACUCGAAUUUAACGUCCUGAUAGCUUCAACCUACUUGAUCUAGCACGGUUUUAGAUUAGAAACUAGAAUAAUACUAUGUAAUUUGAUUUCCUUUGAUGCCAAUGUUUUUAUCUUUCAACGAAA